AUAAACCUGCACUGUGUGAAUUGAUGUCAUUAAUUGGCGUGUUCUAGUUAUGCAGAGUCCACGGUUUGCGUUAUAAAUAUAUAUACGGAUUAUCAAUAAGGGAGUUACUCAUAUCCUCCUCCUAUUGAUUUUACUGCAGUGAAAUCCUGACAGAUGCAUCAGGUGGUCGAUAAUAAUCCUACUUCACAAAAUGUCGGACUUAACAGUGGACGAUUGGUUAAAUCUAGCCCCCUGUCCCCCACCAUGGAACCCAGGGCUGCUCUACUGGACCCCGCACCCCAUAAACCUGACUGAGGGGGAAAUACAAAGGAUCGCGGAGAGAUGUGACGUGCCGCCGAAGGACAGGCUGAUAAUGAGUACAUCUGUACCGAACACCCCCAGUGUCUUGAUUCCCGUGUUGGUCUCGGUGUCUGUGGUUUUAUUGGGGAUUUUGAUUGCUGUGUUGAUUUACAGUUACAAACACAAGAAACACAAGACGGGUGACAGCUGUGUACAGGGUUCUAAGUGUGACCUGCUCGAGGAGAUGCAGGGCCGCGGCCACCACGGCUGUGACAACGAGACGUACACAGAACUGAAGACUGAACAAUUACCACAUUCAGACAAGACAGUCUCCCAGCAGGGCCACCAGAAUUUACCACAUUCUGACAAGACAGUCUCCCAGCAGGGCCACCAGAAUUUACCACAUUCUGACAAGGCAGUCUCCCAGCAGGGACACAAGAAUUUACCACAUUCUUACAAUACAAACACCCACGAAGGACUACAAAUUUCCAAAUGUCAGACAUCAAAUGGCAAAGUAAUGAUAGAAAACAGGGCAUUUCCAUGACAGAGAGUUAAAUUGUGAGUCAGUCUGAUAA